CGAAAGCGUUCGCAUGGGACGCGGGACUGUCACUCGCGGCGGAAAAAAAAAUGUCACUCGCGGCGGCGUCCAUCAACAGAAUGUUCAGGACUCACUCGCGAGGGACUGUGUUGACAAUACUCUGCUCUUGAAAGAUGACUGACGAUCACACUUACGCAGCAACUCUGAGUUCGCCGGACACAAACAACAACAGUACGAUCAGGCAUGGUGGUUGGAUCUGCUCAGGACAAGCCAACAUAGAGGAGUACCCACAGUUGAAGGUUUGGCUACCAAAUCAAUACAGGUACCAUGCCUGCCAUUUUGAAGUGGUUCCUUCAUUGGGAGACCAUACUGCUUUUGAUGCCACUGUACGGGUAGAUGUUGGCACUGUGGAACAGGCCCAGGAGUGGCUGAUCAAAUUAAAAGAAUCAUCGGGGGUGACAUGGAGGGUGGAUGUUACCCGACCUAGGUUGGGACGCCGUGUGCUAUUAAAGGCAAGUUACAAGUGCCAGCGCAGGGUGAAUGUAAAAGCUGCAAACAGCAGGACAUCCACUAAAAACACCUGCUGUCCAGCGAAGAUUCAUAUCCUGUUGAAGUGUGCUAGUGGGCAAAUGAGCAAGACCAAAGACCCACACAUGCCCGACUUUCCAUUUGAGGUGCGGAUAGUGAAUCGGCACAAUCAUAAUUUAUAUGUUGCUGAUGCCCUCCGCCACCGAGAUGUGGGAGAGAAGGCGAAAGAAAUCUUGACAGGGCUAUUUGAAAUUGGCCACAGUCCCACUUCUGCCCUGGCAGUACUUAAACAUGAUCUGCAGAUGGAAUAUGGAGAAAGGUUUUUGUAUGCCUCAGCAAACAGGGAGAUAUGCCCAGACCUUCCCUAUGUGCAAAGACUGUUCCACAAGGUAUGUAGGGCAGAAUACGGGGCUCAAAAAUCUCUUGUGGAGGACAUGAUAGAGGACUUGAAAAGACGCGGCCAGGAUCCCAUCUUCUCUGCAGGGCUAAUAGCAAUGGCUAAGCAGUACCACCUCCUGAAGGCCAACCCCUCCAAACUGCUGUCAGCCAUCCACACUUUUGGAAAGUCUUGCAGCCUGACAAGCAAAAGAGCUGCCACAUUAAGGCGGGCUGCCAGACGUCAAGCCACCGCUGUGGCACACAGGAAGUUGGGUGCUGGCUCAAAGAGGCAGCAUUCAGAUGAGCACCCUGUGAAAUGUCAUAGCCUGAGUACAUCAGUGGCUUUCAGCACCACCCUUGCCAAAAAGCACUAAUGAACCCCUCCCCAGAGGCAGAACAUUGUUCAACAGUGCCCCUCCACCCCCCUCUGUGUUUGUGUCUCGUGUCUUUCUUUUCUUUCUAACAGUCUUUGUCUCAUCUUACUAACAUGCCACUCGUGGCCUGUACCUUGGUAUGUUGAGUGGGCUUUAUACCAAAUCAGGCCACAAGGUGUGUCUUGUGUCAAAUGUUGAAACCUAGAAAUUAUGUUCCUGUCCCUCAAAUCUGCGUGCACAAGUGCAUAUUAUUCUUUUUUUUUACCGGAAACCACAUGCAAAAACAAACUUAUGAGUAAUCGCCACCACAUCAAAACAUAAUAGACAAUAAAGGUUUUCUAUUCCAUACAAGUAGCGAUUUUAAUGCAAUUCUUUCCUCAGGCUUCUCGGUCAAGCUUGUUUGGACAGUCAGGUUGCAGAAGUGCAGCACAAUUCCUCGUCAUAUUCCUAUGACCCCCCUGCCUCUUUCCUGUUUAAUAUCUGUAUAAUUAUUAGUGAUUAUAGAUAGCGAUCCAAUGAAUUACCUGUCCCUAUUUUUAAUUGUCCCCAUAUUUAUUCAAAUUGCCCCAAUUAUUUAAGACCUAUUUUUGGUAAUUUCAGACAAUAAUAUCUAAUGUUUACUUACAGUAGGCUACAGUAGGCUUUGUCUUAGGUGGUGCCAGGAGCUAAUUGGAGGACUCGCCAGAUCUAUGACAUCUUUAAUUUAUGCAGGAUAAUAAAGCUGUUGUAUGUUGUAUAUUUCUUUGAGUCUCCUUUAAUCCACUAAAUUAUAAAUGUACAAUGCAGACAACCAAUUGCAUAAUGUAGCGAGGACUCCCUGUCUUCCUGUCUCUUUCUCUCCUCCUUUGGAAUUUCCCCAGAGAUAAGUAAGCAUUCUUUUCAUGUACUAAUUGGGUUUGCAAAGUGGCCUUCAUCCCUUCCCACAUAAAGGUGGUAAAUUGACAUCAACCAGACCAGAGGACCUUCCAAAGGAAUCAUGUUUUUGACGUGAUGAUCCAGUUUAUAUAGCAGGACACGAGAACACGUAAUGUUCUAACAGUGAAGAUAACCUUUUCAGGUUAUCGUCACCGUUGAUCAUAAGGAGUUAAUCCCAUCUCCCCCAAGAGAAUAACUUUUUCACAGAAGAGGAAAGAAUUUUCUCAUCUCAUCAUUGGUGAAUAAGGGAGUUGUGUAUUCGAGGUUAAACAUGUUUUCUCUUAGGACAAUGACUUGAAUUAAUCAAGUGGAGUUUCAUUCUCUCCUCUCUGUCUCUCCCUGACUCUAACAAACUUAUCCACACACAAACGAGCAAAUUACAUCCUCAAAAAACCCUCUCUGUAAUGUGCCAGAGGUUGGUGACCUUAUAUGAGGUCAUAAAUAAAAACUUCACUU